AAGAAGGAGCACGUAGGAAUGAAACAUGGAGCUAUGUAUGUAGUGUUUUGGUUUCAGAAUACGCAGAGACAAGUCUGAAAUGCUGUGGAAUUUGCAUUUAUGUAUACGUAUCUUUUAGCGGAAGGAAGAAUAUGUAAUUCCCACUGUGAGGUGAGGAGUACAUAUAUCGUUAUUCGGUUCGUCAUUGCCAGCUAAGACACACUGAGCAAACCAAACAAGGAACCGAAGUUAUUCCCUAAACAUGGCAUAUCGCCGUGGCCCAAAAUCAAUUAGAGAGGCGUACGAAGAUCACUUUUCACCACAGGAAACAAGAGAGGUGACAGUUCAUCGAGUUGUCAACAUAGUUGAACGGAGGAGCCCUAAGCCACGGCCGGUGGAAUUUGACCGAGGAUAUAACGAUGACGAAUGGUACGGUGUUUCUCGGGAUUACCCGGACAUGAGGGGAUGUCACGGUGAAGGCAGUUACGUGCCCAGCGAUCGACGAUACUUCGACGACGACCCCAGCUUUGGCAGUUUUCGCCGAAAUUUCUUGCCUCCACAAAAUGACAGCCCGUACUCCCAACAGUCCUAUAGCAGAGAUGAUCUGAGGCACUAUUUAGGUUCAAGGAAGAGUAGUAAAUCUUUCCAUUUCCGCAGCAGAGGUCGAGGGUCAGGUCCUUCCCAAAGAUCAGUGCAGGAGAGAAAAACCAAAGAGGACCGUGACUACAGGUCUUCUCAGCCUUCAGCAAAUGUACGGGACCGCUCUCCCGUGAGGAGGGAAGCCCAGUCACCGGUGUCUGUCCGUUCAGCAUCAAGCACCAACAAAGGAAACACUUCUCCUGACAGAGACAAGGGCUACAACCACCAGCAACCUCAACAAAAGGCAAAGCAUAAGCCAAAUGUGACGAGCCACACCCCCAGCAGCUCUGUGGAGGGGUCUCCACACAGCUCAGGAUCUUCAAAGGAAAAAACUUCAGCAUCUGUAGCGGAGUCGGAAGAGGCGGCUGCUGCCAGCAUGGAGCCAAAGCUGACACCAGUGGAGGACAUCAAGGCUCGCCGGUUGGAGGCCAUUAAGGCUAAGGCUCUGGAAAUUGAGAAGCAUUACAGGCAGGACUGUGAGACAUUUCGCACCGUGGUGAAGAUGCUGGUGGACAAGGAGCCCAGUUUGGACAAUCUACUGCAAGCGCCAUUGGAUGAUAACCUGUCGGAGAUCAAGCAGCGCUGCCUAGACGCACUUAGGAUCUUUGUCAAUGAGCUGGACGAGGUAUUAGAAAAGCCGAAGACCUCAACAUAGGACACAUGCCACAGAACACUGACAUGAUAAUUUCUAGUAUUUACCUUACUUUCUGACUAAGUCUAAAAUAAUGGUGGUGGACUGAAGAAUUUCACUAUUCCUCAUCAAUCAAACGUUUUCUUCACUCUUACAUGUCAAAUACACUCAAAUGUAACAACCAUUUCCAAAUAAAGGGUGGGAUGCUUUAUAAAAUGUAAAUAAAAAUAUAAUGCGGUGACUUACAAAUGGUUCAGUGUCAAUAAAUUGGACAUAGCUCAAAGAAAACAUCAUGGGACAGGGUCAGCAAAGGACUGGAAAAGUUGUUUAAUGGUAACAAAACACCUGUUUUUACACUGAAUGUCUCACAGGUCGGUAACAUGAAUGAGUCUAAAAGCAGUGACCAAGAGAAGCGAAGUCUUUCAAAAGUGGAAGUGGAAACCAGUUUUAAGUUUCAAGACAUCGCUCUGUGUCCCUUAAAUGGCACAGGACACAUGUAGUGGAAAUCACUGCAUGAAUUCAGGGACACUUCUGAAAGCUAUUCAGUCAGUGCACACAGUAUCAUUAGAUUAGAUUAGAUUAGAUUAGAUUAGAUUAGAUUAGAUUAGAUUAGAAGCUACAAGAAAAACUGUCCGGAUUUUGUUUUGACCAAUCAAAAUCUGAAUUUCCUUUUCAUAAAUUACGGCCUUUGUGUCGUCUGUGCUAGUGCUAAGAAGGAAGGUAUGUGGGUACAUUAGUGUAGAUGGCAAGGUAACCUUUUCAGCGAAGGCCUGGGGUGAAGUGGUGAGAUAAUCGCCGACUACACCCAACAGAAUGGCUCUGUAGUAAAACAGCCCAGGUCCUAAACUGGCCUGCCUACAGUCCAUUUCACAGUGAGAAAUAUUUACAGUAUUUGCUCUCCAUUUUUAAACAUUCAGAGUGUUGUUAAAACGAUGUGAUGCAACACAUGCCUCACAUUAACAAUGGGAUGGUGUCCCAACUUUUUUUGGAAAUGGUGUUGUAGUGGAUUAACUGGGGAAGAGAAAUCAAGACUGGUUUGAAUAAAUAAUCCAAUGUAUAACUAUACUCUUAAUAUAGUCUUAGUAUUACAAGUAAAAUCCAUAGCACCUUGUCGAGUGAAGCACAUAUCCUUUUCUAUAAACGCCUGAGCAAUUCAAGUUUGAACCCUCAGCUGUGUAUUUGUCAUGAGACACAUCACAGCCAAAUGAUGUUAUUACAGUUUGCUGACACUGAUUUGAGUGAAAUACCUGAUCACUGAACUAUGUAGGGGGUUGGUCGUUGAACCCUACAGUUAAGAACACUAACCUCUUCAACUGUUUUCUCAAUCUCUGUUAAUGUGUGGUGAUUUUGUGUCCACUGUCUACAUAUCUUGCUGCUUUGUAAAUUCAACUGAUACAAAUUUUAACAGUUCUCAAACCAGUAUUAAAGGGUCCAAGUGAAUGUGGUGUUUUAGUGCUACUAUAUACAAAAGAGAUAUUUUAUUAAACAUGCAUCUUUGACUUACAGUGUUGAAAUAAACCUGGAACUUCUUGUGAAUAUUAUUUAGUUGAAAUACUAAAAUUUUGUAAAUAAAAGAUGAAACCUUGCCAAAAAAA